AUGGACGCGGCCACCAUACAGGAGACCAACAGGAUCAGGGCGUCCCUCGGCAUGAAGCCGCUGCCAGUCCCUGGUGCAGCCGCGUCGCAUGCCGACAAAUCCCACGCAUCCGGCGACCAGGAGGCCGCAAGCACGCUGGAAACUCGACAGGCUCAAUCGUACGACAAUUACCAGAAGCACCAGGACGCAGAGGCCGCCAGAAGGAAGCGACAAGACAGAGCGGCCGCGAUACGAAAGGCCCGCGAUGAAGCUCAGCGAUUCGCGGUCUUGGAGGGCAAGGGGCUCGGCGACGCGGGCGACAAAGACCCUCAGGAUGCCAGAUCGUGGUUGAUGGGUCAGAAGAAGCGGCAGAAAAGGAUUGACAAAGCGAGGCGCCUCGAGGAAGAGCUGGCCGCCGCCGAAGCCGCCGCCGCCGCCGCCGUUCAGUACACGUCCAAAGAUCUUGCUGGCAUCAAGGUCGCCCACGACACUUCCGAGUUUCUCGGCGGCGAAGACCAGAUCCUCACGCUAAAGGACGCCACCAUAGACGAGAAUGAAGACCAAGGCGACGAGCUGGAGAAUCUCGGCCUGCGCGAGCAGGAAAAGCUAAGCGAGAGGUUGGACCUGAAGAAGAAACGGCCCGGCUACGAUCCCAACGACGUCGAAGAUGGCCAAGGCGGAAUUCUGGCCCAGUACGACGACGAAAUACACGGUAAAAAGGGCAAAAAGUUCACGCUCGAUGGCAGUGGAACCAUUGCUGAGCUGGCAGACAUACUCGGCGAGCCAGCUCCCCAAACAAACGGAAUCAAUGUCCAGUUGGACGACGUGAUUGGUGAUGCUCCCAUAUCGUCAGACUACCUUGCAGCGUCGGAAGUAAAGGUGAAGAAACCCAAGAAGAAAAAGUCAAGGGGUACGAGGCAAAAGCAGUACGAUGACGACGACAUCUUUCCUCUGGACCCUGCCGCCGCAGACCGCAAUGGCAUGGAACUAGACAAUCAGGAAUCCAAGAAGCGAAAAGUUGACUCUGACACGUUUGUUGACGACGAUGACUUGCAAGCGUCACUGGCUCUGCAAAGAAAAAGUGCGCUGAAGAAGAGGAACAAGGUCAAGCCCGAAGAUGUCGCGAAGCGAAUAAAGGAGGAGCAAGAGAACGAUGCACAUGAAGACGCCGACGGCAACGCACAGAGCGACGGCGGCGGUCUCGUGAUUGGCGAGAUUUCCGAGUUUGUCUCAGGGCUGAGCAAACGAGACGACGACGAGGAGAGGAAACCCAAACGCCCCAGAACCCAAACCAUGAGCCCCCAGCAGCCGUCCGAAGACCAUGCAAUGGAGAAUGGCGACGACGACGACGACGACGACGACGACGACGACGAGGCAGCCGCCAAGGAAGCACUCGAAGAACCGCUAGCGGAAACCGGGGUCGAGGAAGAAAAGACUGUCGGCGGUGGCAUGGGCGCUGCGCUUGCCCUCCUCCGAGAGCGCGGGCUCAUCGAAGGGUCGCAAGGCACCGAGUACGACAACUUUAGACAGCGCGAGGAGUUCCUCGCCCGCAAGCGCCUCCUCGAAGAGGAGCUCGACGACCAGACCCGCCAGCAGCGCGAGCGGGACCGCAUGAGCGGGCGGCUGGACCGCAUGUCGGUGCGCGAGCGCGAGGACUGGGCGCGCCAGCAGAACAUGUGGCGCGACCAGCAGCAAUCCCGCCGCAUGGCCGAGCUCUUCUCGGCAAACUACAAGCCCGCCGUGCAGCUCAAGUACACCGACGACCACGGCCGCUCGCUGGACCAGAAGGAAGCCUUCAAGCACCUCAGCCACCAGUUCCACGGCAAGGGCAGCGGCAAGGGCAAGACGGAGAAGCGGCUCAAGAAGAUUGACGACGAGAAGCGGCGCGAGGCGCAGAGCCUGUUUGACGCCAGCGCCAACGGCGGCAUGAGCGCCGCCACGGCGCAGCAGCUCAAGAAGAGGCGGGAAGCCGGCGUGCGCUUGGGCUAG